CCAUACGGCCGCGUCGGCGUGGUGAACGCCGAUCCUUAAGGACUUUUGCCGUCGUCUCUCUCCGCCCAGGGUCCCUCGCUUUCAAUCCCGACACACCUACGCGACGCCUUUCAACUCCAUCUGACGCCUUUCAACUCCACCCCGAUAUCAGACGUCGACGAGCGAUGCGUCCUCCUCGCGCGACGCAACUGCGAGCGCUUGGUCGACGCGACGGGGCCUGGUUCGUCCUCCUUCGAGGUGGAGCGCUCGCCCGCGGACGUCGCGAUGCACUCGCGCGCGUGGGACUACGUCCAUCUGGAUCCGUUCGGAAGCGUCGCGCCGCAUUUAGGCGCGUCCCAUACACUGGUCCCCAUACGACCGCGUUCGCGUGGUGAACGCCGUUUCUUAAGGACUUUUGCCGGCGCGUCUCUCCGCCCACCCCUCGCUUUCAAUCCCCGCCCUCGACGCCUUUCAACUCCAUCUGACGCCUUUCAACUCCACCCCGACGUUCGCUCGUAUGGAACGACCCUCAGACGCCGCCGUCGCGAGAGCGCCGCACGGGGGGAUCGUGAGCGCGUGCGCGACGGACGUGUCGUGCCUCUACGGCGCGUGCCCGGACGUCGCCAGGCGGCGAUACGGCGCGGAAGUGGGUCAUCGCGGCGGACGGAACGCCGCCGAUUCAAACAGCUCCGGCUCAGUUGGCCGCCGCCCCGCGUGGUUCAAAGAGCUCGGCGUUCGCGUUCUGAUCGCCGCCGUCGCGCGCGCGGCGGCGCGGCACGAGCGAGGGAUCGAGGUUCUCCUCUCGUGCGCCCCGAAGGAGGCGCACUUCGCGUGGGUCGUCGUUCGCGUGCGUCGCGGCGCCGCCGCCGCGGACGCGGCGGCGGCGCGGAUCGAGACGAUGUGGCACUGCGGCGCGUGCGCGGCGUUCGGAGUAGGCGACGACGGCGACGGCGACGACGUGAACGGGCGCGCGUGGACGUGCGAGUGCGAACGCGCGGGCGCGGGCGCGGGCGAACGAAUCGGAUUCGGAAUCGCGCCGAGACCGACGAAGCUCGGACCGGCGUGGUCGGGCGCGCUCGCGUCGGCGGCGUUCGCGUCGAAGAUGCUGGAGCGCGCCGUCGCGGGCGACGGCGCGUGUCGCGUGGAGCCCGCGACGACGUCGCUCUUGCGGCGACUCGCGAGGGAAGCGUCGGACGCCGCGGACGUCGCGUUGUUUCGCUCCGUGGACGCGUGCGUCGACCGAGCCACGGGGGAGCACCCGAACGUGGACGCGCUCGUGGACGCGCUGCGGCGCGAGGGUCGCGUCGCGUCGAGGACGCACUUCGACGCGCGCGGGGUGAAGACGGACGCGAGCGGGGAGGAGUUGAGGUGCGUUCUAUACACUGGUCCCCAUACGACCGCGUUGGCGUGGUGGACGCCGAUCCUUAA